ACAAACCCAGAGAUCUGAAACUAUAAGCCAUGGAAGCUCAAUAUCAAGAUCUACCUCCUCUCAAAAGAUUAAGACUGAUGCAGCGAGAUCUCGAAGCUGCGCAACAGCACCAGCUACCGAACCAACCAGAGGCGAAGUCGUUGCAGUUGCCGGCGAAGAAGAGGAAGCAGACUCGUGUUGAUUUCGACGACGAUGCCGAGAACUCCAAUCCCACCUAUCAUUGUCUUCCGGCGAAGAAAAGGAUUUGGGCGAUUGAUCCUGAUUUGCUCUCCGGUAACCCCUUUUCGCCUUUUGAUCUGAAUGUAGAGUAUAAGCCUCCUUCUGUUGAGGAGAAGUCAAUUGAGAAAAAGUCAACUUUAAUAGUUGAAUCUAGUUUAGAGGUAGAAGAUGAUGAUAAAGAGAAUAUAGAUCCUUUAUGGAAAGAAAAAGUUUUAGAUCUAUCUGAUAGAGAAGUAGAAGUAGAAGAUGAAGAUGGGAUUAUGUGUGUUGUAUGUCAAAGCACAGAUGGUGAUCCAUCGAAUCCAAUUGUGUUCUGUGAUGGUUGUGAUUUGAUGGUUCAUGCUUCUUGCUAUGGGAAUCCUCUUGUUAAGGCUAUACCAGAAGGUGAUUGGUUUUGUAGACAGUGUAUAUCAUCGAAGAAGCGAGAAAAGAUUUUCUCUUGCUGCUUGUGUACAACUAAAGGGGGAGCGAUGAAACCUACUAAUGAUGGUAGAUGGGCUCAUAUUACUUGCGCGUUGUUUGUGCCUGAAGUUUACUUUGAGGAUCCUGAAGGAAGAGAAGGGAUUUGUUGUAGCGAGAUACCGAGUAAGAGAUGGAAAGAUAGGUGUUAUUUGUGUACGGUUAGACGCGGUUGUGUUAUCGAGUGUUCGGAGAUGAGAUGUAAGUUGGCUUUUCAUGUUACUUGUGGGUUGAAGGAAGAUCUUUGCAUUGAGUAUCGUGAAGACAAGAAGAGUGGUGGUAUUGUUGUUGGUUUCUGUAAUGAGCAUACUAAACUAUGGGAAAGGGAAAGUGGAAAGUACAAGAUUGUUGCCAGAGAUGAAGAUAAGAAGUAAGAGAAAGCUCAAGGCCAUGAUGACCAUGCUUUUGCUUGCAACUCUGAAGCUUCCACUCAUAUGUAUUUGAUUGUUUUAAAACGUUUUUUCUUCUUUAUUUGAUUAGUGAGACUGGUCCUAAAUGCUAUCAAGUUUAUCAUAUUUUUGUGAAAGCAAUGUUAUGUUCCAAUCUUUGGUCAAUCUAAUUUCAUUCUCCAAAAGAAAAUGAUGAUAGAGCA